AUGCCCGCCAUCCAGCCGCCGGAGGUGACUUGCGAGAAGGACAAGGCUUGGGUCAAAAGGGCUAAACUCCCAUUCCGCAACCCGACACCGCUCUGGAACAAAUACUGGCAUCGAUAUAAUACCAUCACUAUCCCGCUACGAGACGAAGAUGCCUAUUUUGCUGACGUCAGUGCCGCCGCGAAGCUCGCCCAGAGUCGUGAGCACCUCGAAGAACUCCUGGACGCUCAAUGUCAAGAACGCCGGCGGGAGUACGAUACGUUAAUCCUCGAUAUUGCAGUCGCGUGCAUCCAGAAUCCAUCACUCUCAAAGACUCCUCGCCAUGCGGCCCUCAAAGCUAGCCAAACGGGUAGCCUUGACAGUCUUCUGCAAGUCCUGUGUGGUGUGGUGUUCGGCUGGAAGGAUGGCGACAAAGAGAACAGGGUGCCACGGAUCGACGACGCAGAUAAAACUGAAGACUGCAUUGAUGGAAAGGAUCUCAGAAGCAAAUACAACACCCAAGAGAUCUCGUCAGAGCUUGUGGAUGACCCAUUUCAGUACGACAAUACGAUAGCUUCUGGCCUUUACUCACCUCAGGGAUGGGAAGAUUGA